GGCCUCUAGUGGCCAUUUUUUGUAAGCGCAGUUAUUCCAUUGACUUUAAUUACGCUGCGCCACCUGCUGGUGAGCCAUAUAACUGCAACCAAUUGGGAUUGAUUGGAUUUACUGGCCGCUUUAGCUAUCCAUAUACAAUACAGUACACUUGUGUUGGCUUGGAUUAAUUUUAUUAUUUAUUUUUCACUAGUAGCAGGUAUGGCUCCAAAGAAGAAGGCGUCAAGGAGGCUUGAUCUUGCUUCCUCAGCAAAGAGGCCCAUAAAAGGCCCGUCCCAGGCCUUACGUUCUCCGGUGCCACAGCAAUCUUUGAGACGCCUUCAAUCCAUGGUCACUGGCUUGGCUAGUGACCCAGUGGCAUUAGCACGUGUUGAGGCUGAAAUGGAUGGUUUGAUUCAACGCUGCUCGACUCCGACGACUUCUCCUGCUAGCCCAGCUCCGCCUGUUGGUGCACCUCCUUCGGUGUCAUCUUCUUCUGAAGAUGAGGGGGAGGAUUUGUCAGCCGGGGGUCUUUCGCAUACUACUCAAUUGGCCCAGUCUCCGGUCUUACCUGCCUCCCAGGCUGCAGCGCCAAGGGUACGGGGUGGCCCCAGGGGUACAACCAGGCGGAGGACAUCCGCCCGGAUUCGGGCGGCUUGGGGUUCAGCUGUGCAGUCCUCAUCAGCAGUGAGGUCUGUUCCUGGUCAUUCACCUGUAGUCUCUUUUCAGUCAGUUUCAGGCGAGGUGCUGCAAGGCGAUGGAUCGGAGUCUUCUGUGGAGGACAGCCUUCCUCCACCUCCAAAGUCUUCUUCCGGUGGGCUUCGUCGCCGAAAGAAGAGUUCUAAGAGGCGCACCAAGAGGAGACGGAGAGACACUUCGUCCUCUUCCGCAGGUCUACCCACUAUCCGGGUCUGGAUAGUGGGGCACAGUAUUGUGCAUUGGGCUGCUUGCAGAGCUCGGCAAUCCGAAUUGGGAGCUGGCCUUGGCUUUCCUCAGCACUUGCAAGUGUCCUGGAUCUCCAGAAGGGGGAUGCUAUGGAAGGAAUUCUUACCGCUCAUGCAGAGGCGUGUUCUUCUGGAGGGCCCCCCUACGGCGAUUGUGGUGCAGCUCGGGGAAAACGAUAUGGUUUCCUCUUCUUGUUAUGUUUUACGUGCUAUUAUUUUGCAGGAUUUGAGGGACUUGGCGGCCUUGGUGCCCGCUACUAAGAUAAUUUGGUCCCAUUGCUUCAGCGUUGCAUCUGGAGGGGUAGUCCCUGCCCUGCGGCCACCGAAAGGGUGCGGAAGCGUAUUAAUUCGGCUGCGAGCAAGCUGGUGUCUGAUCUGGGUGGGCUUGUGAUUCCCCACCCAGAUAUUAAUGUUAAAGCCACUGAUUGCUACAGGUUGGAUGGGGUCCAUCUUACCUCAGUUGGGAAUGAUGUAUGGUUGAGGUCAGUGGUGGCUAAGUUGAGGGUGUGUUUAAGUUUGUGAGUGGUUGGCGGCGAGCGUAAGGGCUCGGGUGGCGGUUAGGCAUUGGUUUAAAUUGGUUGGUGGAGGGGUAUGGAUUGGC